CCAGCGAUCAGGCGGGUCGAGCGGCGCGCAGGCUCCCCCUCCAGCCCCCAGGCUCCGCCUCCUCCUCCUGCCCCAGAGCGCCUCCGGGGCUCAGCGGCUGGCCGCAGGGUCCCAGCUGUGGCCGCCCGAGCAAUGAGAGCCGCCGGCCAGAGUGCGCGCCCGGCGCUGGCGCUGCUGCUGCUGCUGCUGGCCGGAGCCGGGGUGUCGGCCGGCGCCGCGCCCCCUGCCCCGCCGCUCUUCAACGUGAGCCUGGACGCGGCCCCCCAGCUGCGCUGGCUGCCGGUGCUGCAGCAUUACGACCGGGACUUCUUGCGCUCCGCCAUGGCCCACAUCAUCGGAGAUUAUGUCCCCCAGUGGGCCCUCGCAUUGAUCAGAAAAGUUGUCCGGGAGCUGGAACUCUUCCUGCCGCAGCCCUUCACCGACGAGAUACGCGGCAUGUGCGACGCCCUGGACUUCAACCUGGUCGACUGCAUUCUUCUCAACCUGGCCUACGAGUUCAGCGCAUUCUGCACAAGUAUUGUGGCUCAGGACUCCAAAGGCCACAUUUACCAUGGCCGGAAUCUGGAUUAUCCUUUUGGAAGUCUCUUACGCAACUUGACUGUGGAUGUACAGUUCAUAAAGAGUGGGCAGAUUGCCUACACAGGAACCACCUUUGUUGGCUAUGUAGGAUUAUGGACGGGUCAGAGUCCACACAAGUUUACAGUUUCUGGUGAUGAACGAGAUAAAGGCUGGUGGUGGGAGAAUAUGAUCGCAGCCCUUUUUCAGAGACACUCACCAGUCAGCUGGCUUAUCCGCACUACUCUGAGUGAAUCAGAAAACUUUGAAGCAGCUAUUUACAAACUGGCCAAGACUCCACUUAUUGCAGAUGUUUAUUACAUUGUUGGCGGCAUAUCCCCCAAGGAGGGAGUGGUCAUCACGAGGAACAGAGGUGGCCCCGCAGACAUAUGGUCUCUAGAUCCUUUAAAUGGAGCGUGGUUCCGAGUGGAGACAAAUUAUGACCACUGGAAGCCAGUGCCUAGAGGAGAUGACCGAAGAACACCCGCCAUCAAAGCCCUCAAUGCCACGGGCCAGGCAAACCUCAGCCUGGAGACGCUCUUCCAGGUCUUAUCAGUGUUUCCAGUUUAUAACAACUACACAAUCUAUACUACUGUAAUGAGUGCUGCCAGCCCAGACAAGUACACAACUAGGAUCAGGAACCCGUGUUAAAAGCAGAAGAGAGAGUUCAUCUGUUCUAUGAAGAUGAUUUUUUUAAAUGAAAUUUUUGAAGAGCUGCACUUUAAAAAAUAAAGUGAAAAGAUUAUAUUUUAUGACCAAUACAGGCUUCUUCCUCAUUAAACUUUUCAACCUUGUGCAAUGGGAGGAGGAGGAUCCGUCUGGAGCUUGGCAUGGUAAAGUGGGUAAUAGGCGUCCUUUCUUCAAGGUUUGCCUUGACCUCCUCUGAGCUGCUUCUAUGCUAGCUUGAACAACUCAAAGAUAAUUUUUUUUAUUUCAGAGGGCAAGCCAUAUCCUCAGGCUUUAUUCCUAACUUCUCACCAUUAUUUAUACCUAUCUGGUCAUAUCUCAGCUUAUAAAGAAAUGAGCAGGCAAGACCUCCUUAUUCAUUAGGAAGUGCUUCUGGAAGUGUCUGCCAGCCUUAAAUAAAAUUAACAGCAAUUAUUUUUAAGCAAAGAGGAGUUUAUUAGGGAAUAGCAGAGGAGUUAACAAUUCAAGGCAAGCACACAAUGGCAAACCAUAGGCAAGUCUAAAAAACAAAGAGGAAUUUAGCUUUUAUUGGAAUCUGGGAGGAAAUUAGGGAGCACUGUUUUGAACAAAAGUUCAUUAGAAGAGAACAAGAGUUCAAGGUUGUUGCUGUUUCACAUUGGUUGCAAGCUAUGGUCAGUUUGCUGUUGCUGAGAAAUGCAAAAAAUCUUUCUUCCUGCUGGCUGUGUAACCAUAGAUAACAAUUUUCCUUCUGUGGCUUCCCCACUCCAUUUAAAAUCAAGUAUGCUUUAUCUGGGCUUCCCAGGUGACACUAGUGUAAAGAACCUGCCUGCCAAUGCAAGAGACAUAAGAGAUGCACAUUUGACCCUGGGUUGGGAAGAUCCCACGGAGGAGGAAGUGGCAACCCACUCCAGGAUCUUUGCCUGGAGAAUCCUAAGGACAGAGGAGCCUUGUGGACUACAGUCCAUGGGGUUGCGAAGAGUCAGACACGACUGAAGCGACCUUAGCAUGCUUGCAUGUUUUAUCUGUUUUCACAUUUCUCCCUUUUGAUUAAGACCUUUCUCUGAAAGCAUCACUGAUGAAGCAUCAGGUUGUUUUGGCUGAAAUAUUUUUGUCUGUGUCCCUCAGUGCUGGGAAGGACCCUUCCUAAGAGUUGUGUUGUGUGGAAAGACCAAAUAGCAUUUGGAAACCACAGGGGCCACAUUUGAGCAACAAGGAAGGUAAAGAGGAGCUCUCAGGCAUCUCCCGUUCUUAAGUUACGUCUUGUCAAGCUUGUAAGCCUUGGAAUCUGAAAGCGAAGUAUUGAGCUGACAUCAUGUUGUUUGGUGCAUCAUUCCUGCAGAUAUUUGCCAGCCAACAGGUACAAAGUCUUAAAAUGGCUAUGCAAGUCAAAAUUAAAAGUAGAAUGACAAAUCCAGUUUAUAUAGUUGUCCUAAAGAUCCAAGGACCAUGGGGAAUCAGGUGAAACUUGUAACCAGUGUUCUUGUUCCCUGAUUUUAUGUAAUUGAGUUUCUACUUCCCCAGAGAAAUGUAUCCAUGAGCAACAAGCACUGGUUGUUCUUCUAGGAGGUAGCCAAGGGAAGUUUGGUUACCUAACACCACCUUAGCUAAGGAAUUGCAGAAUUAAGGAAACUUCAGCUAAAACUGGAGCAGAGACAGACCUGUAGGGGAACUGCUCCCAACCAAUGCAUCACUGAUUACAGUAAGUCCCCUAUAUACGAACCUUCAAUUCUCAAAGAGGCAAACAUGCAUCUUGUUCCAGCAAGGAACCAGAACCUGUGCCAUCAGAGUCAGACAUGAGUGAAAUUGGAGCUUGCCCUCCAUCUCCUAUUGCUGACCAUCCUUCAGCUCUACCAUCUCCCAACUCCUCUCCUUCCUGCAGUCAGUAACUUUCCUUGCCUGUUCACUUGAUGCCAGCCCCUAUAUGCAAGCUGUUGUAUUACUGUACUUUUCAAGGUACUGUAAGAUUUAAAAUGUUUUCUUUCUUUUGUGUGUUUGUUUUUAUGUAUUAUUUGUGUGUAAAGAAUUAUAAACCUAUUACAGUAUGGUACUAUAUAGCUGAUUGUAUUAGUUGGGUACCUAGGCUAACUUUGUUGGACAUACGAACAAAUUGGACUUACAAAUAUACUCUUGGAAUGGAACUCAUUUGUAUGUGGGGACUGUACUCCACACAGGAAGAGAUAUAUGCCUACAUCUCAGACAGGAAGGUGUUGCCUACUCUACUAUCCAACAGGAAGAAGAAAACUCUGAUGACAGCCCAGCCAAUCAGACUGUAGCUGCCAACCAAUGAGAAGUCUCCAUACUUUGGACGGCUAGCUUCCUCCAGUAAACUCAUGAUUACACUGCCUCCCAACCUGCUUCUUUUCCCUAUAAAAACAAACUCCUCUUUCUUGUUCUCUGGAUUUACCUAUGGUCUGCCAUAGUUUACACAUCCCAAAUUGUAUUCCUGUGGCUAUUCCCAAAUAAACUUGCUCUUGCUGACAAAA